AUGCCAAGUCAAAGCAAGAUACCAAAAAAUACCUUUAUAUUACCAACAUCCACGGACAUCACCUUGAUGCCAUUUUGGACUGUGGAGCAACAAAAUCUAUAUUUCAUGUUACAAAAAUCGCAUGAACCUGGAAACACCAUCUUUAAAAAUGUGUUUAGCACCAUUACUAAUCUAUUCGAUGCCAAACAACCGCCUUAUCGCAUCCUAUUUCAGAGAGAGCCUAAUGCAACAUGUUUACAAAUCGCUGUGUCUGAUUCAGAAGAACUGAUUGAAGCUGCUUGGAAAUGGCUCAGCAUCAAUAUGAUACCAGAACUAGAAGAAAUCUCGAGCCCUUUUGCCAGAGAGGAAUGGGUCGUCAAGAAAAUGAACCACAUUGUAUCUGCUACAAUUGCAGACAGCGACACGGAUGACCUGCUGCAUGACGACGUGAUACGCAACGCUUCGAGAACGUUUCGACAGACAUUUGAUGUGCCUUCUUCUGAGCGUCUAGUCAACUAUUACUCUUGUUCCUGCAAUAGUAGACAGGGUUGGAUGUAUAUAUCAGAAAACUACCUCGGAUUCUACUCUUAUCUGAUUGGAUUUGAACUCAAGAUACUGAUUGAACUCAAGGAUAUCAAGGAUAUAAUCAAGGAGCCGAUUCGAAAACUGUUCAGACAUAGUAUGCGCAUCAUUACCAAGGAAAAUCAAGAGUAUUUAUUCGCCAACAUGUUUAAACGGGAUGAAGUUUAUGAUUUGUUGGUCCAGUUGACAGGCGACUCCGUACAGCGAUUGUUGAAAAACUCGCAUUCCAGUGCAUUCAAGAGCUCGUCUUUUGAACAAUUGACAGUAAACGACAAACCUGUCAACAUCAACGACCGCAGACCUUCUGCAGUAGCCUCCAACAACCCACUGAAGCAUGUGUUGGAGCAUCGCAAGAGAAACGAAAACUUUCGCCAGCUAUUCAGAUUACCCGAGCACGAAGACUUGAUUGAUACCAUUCACGUGUGCUACAUGUUUGACUUGGAACCGUCGUUAUUUCCUGAAACGCUUGGAAGAACAAGAUAUCCUGGAAGAUUAUACCAAUCGCAAAACUUUUUAGCAUUUGAAUCAUUUGACAAAGUCUCUACCAACGAACACGACCGACCUCAAUGCACAUUUAUUCUUCCACUCUAUACCAUCACUCGCUUUGAACGAAUUAACAACAAUACCUACAGAUCAGCCUUAUCAUUCAAGACAUGGCAUAAAAUGACACACGUUUUCAAAGUAGAAGCUGAAAAGACGGCCUGUGAGCAAUUCUGUGAUACCCUGAAACAAGGCCUCCAAGUCAACGUGUCUAAAAUGAAAGAGUCGUUGCGCCCCUUUUUAAUGACAUGCAAAUCAGAGGAACUCUUGGAUGAUCCCAUUCAUGUGAAGAAUACUAUUGGCGGUCUGGGCUUGCAGUAUGGUUACCAUAGUGAUUCAACGCAAGUAAAAGAUCAUAAAAAGUUGGCCCUUUGGAAAAAUUACUUUAAUGACAAUGGCAGAAACCUGACGCUGGUGCGCCAGCCUAUAUUUGCAAAGAUGAUCCGCGCUGGUAUACCCAACUGUUUGCGAGGUGAAAUCUACGAAAUGUGUUCUGGCUCCAUCUACCUUCGAUUUGCCAACCAAGGUGUGUAUGAUCAAAUAUUGGAAUCGCACAAGAACGACAAGUCACCUGCUUUGGAUGAUAUCGAGAAGGAUCUGCACAGAUCAUUGCCAGAAUAUCCAGCUUAUCAAGCACCCGAUGGCAUUGAUCGACUGCGUAGAGUGUUGACUGCAUACUCCUGGAAGAAUCCUGAAAUUGGCUACUGCCAAGCGAUGAAUAUUGUCACUUCGUCUCUAUUGAUAUACAUGACAGAGGAACAAGCGUUCUGGACAUUGAAUUCAUUGGUAGAUCAGCUUUGUCCUGGUUAUUAUAGCUCGUCCAUGUAUGGUGUCCUCCUAGAUCAAGUUGUGUUGGAGGAAUUGGUCAAAAAGUACAUCCCCAAGGUCACUGAGCAUUUCCAACGCAAAGAAAUUCAAUUAUCGGUUGCCUGCCUGCCAUGGUUCUUGACGCUGUUUAUUAACUCCAUGCCAUUGCCUUUUGCUUUCCGCAUUUUGGAUUGCUUCUUUGUGGAGGGUCCCAAAGUAUUGUUUCAAAUUGCACUUGCCAUAUUGAAAAGACACGAAAAAGAACUGACCAAGGUGGAGGACGACUCUGAAUUGCUAGUAGUUGUCAAGGGGUUUUUUGCCUCUCUCAACUUACCUGUUGAUGAUGCUACAAAAGAAGAAGACGAUGCCAACAAGCUGGAAAUUUUCAACAGUUUGAUGAAGUCGGCUUAUUCCGGCUUUCCCAAAGUGACAUCCUACAAGAUCAACCAGCUUCGUAAGCAAAACGAGCUUAAAAUUAUAGGUGGUGUUGAAUCCUUUACCAAACGCAAUGCACUGAGAAACAUUAAGAACAAUGCAACCUUUGGUCCUGAAGAAAUUUCGUUGAUUUAUGAUUACUUUUUCGGUGCACUGUACUAUGCCAAAGAUCACCAAGACAAAUCUUCCGUACCUGAAAUGGAUCUGACUGCAUUUACUCGUAUGCUGGAAAACAUGACGACGUGGGCUAAAUUGAACGACAAUAGUAGUACCGCUACGAAUGAUGAGGAUCUGAUAGUAGUUAAAGAAGUAUUGCAAGCAUUUGUAAAGCGAUUGUUUGACCACUUUCGCCCAGAGAGCAAGCCAGGAGUGACCUUGCAAGACGCUGUGAGCAAAUUAGGAGAGAUAUUGCGAGGAGAUGUCAUGUCUAAAACUGCUUUUUUCUUUGCCUUGUACGAUCAAGAUCAAGAUGGCGAGUUGAACAACAUGGACCUUCACACCAUGUCCACUGAACUGUUUUUGUUGAUGAAUCUUCUGGAUACAGCUAUGGAUAAGUGGGAUGUCAUUUGCAGUUUCAUCACAUUGAGCGCAGAGCAAUCCAACGAGCAAGACGUGGUUGACGCACUGCAUCAAGAGUUACAGGAUGGACAGCAACCACAAACAGUAUCGCCAUUAGAUUCCAAGUACUUUACCGACCAUGCCAACAAGAUAUACAAUGCUCUCAUGGGCUCUGAUGCCCCCUGUGUCAAAAUCACAUUACCUUCGCUGCGUAUGAUUAUUCUUACAGAAGAUCGCUUGGACCAACUUAUUCAAACAGAUAUCCCUCAAAGCUUCAAGUUACAGAAAGCCUUGGUUGAGAGACAAAAGGGCCUGGGCCAUGAAAUUUUUGAGGCGCUCUUCAUUGAAGGUAAGAAGCUUGCUAAUAAUAUGGCGGCUGGUUCAUCUACUGGUGCUGCCACUUCCUCGGCUCCUUCGCCAUCUAUGUCAUCAGAAAGACGCUCAUUGUCGAGUAUCCCACCUUCAGUUAUCCCCACGAGUAAACCUCCCUCCAGAUCUUCAAAAUCAAGUGUAGCUGUUAAAUCAGGAGGAGAAGAUGAUGAUGAAUUUGAAUUAGUAUAA